UAUGCUAUGCAAGUUUCAAAAUAAUAAACGAAAUCGGCAUUGUAAUUCCACUCAUGGCUUUGUUUUUAGUUUCUUAUCAAUAUACGAAAUUAAUCAAUUACGUAACGAUAAUUUCAUAUUAAGUUGCUCGUGUUAUCAUUUGUUUUAUUUUUAGCACAAAACAUAUUCCACCCGGUCUGUAUCUUAUCGUUUAUACGAUGUGUGGCUGCAAAAGUUAAGCGCCUAUGAAUCGGACUUUGUAUAUGCUACGUUCAGUUUGUGUUUAGUCGCCGGUGCACGAUGUUCGUAACCAGUUUACUUUUAUCUGGGCUGUUUUACUACAAUCCGCUCAUUGCGGUGGCCGCGUUUGCGCUUGUGGGGCUUCUCUACUGGUUGGUGAAACAUAAUUACAAGUUUUGGGACAUAGAUGGAGUGCCCCAUCCUAAACCUACCCUGGUGACGGGAAACUUGGGUCCUACGCUAGUGCUGAAGAAACACAUUUGCGAACUGGCAAGCGAUUGGUACAAUGCCUAUCCGGACAAACCGUUUGUGGGGUAUUUUAAAAUGUUCACACCCGCCAUCAUGGUGAAGGAUCCAGUGCUGGUGAAGAACAUACUAACGCGCGAUUUCGAAUGCUUUGCGAACAAUGAUUUCCCCAUCGACGAAAAGUACGAUCCACUGCUUGCAAAUCAUCCAUUUAUGGUGGGUGGCGCAGGCUGGAAACGAUCACGCAGCUUGCUGACGCCAUCAUUUAGCGGCACAAAGAUUAAGCAAUUGUUCCCGAUCAUGCAGUCGGUGGCCGAUGCGUUCGUAGCAUUUAUCGGACGUCAUGUGGGACAGGAAUUUGAAGCUAAAGAGGUAGCCGUACGCUUUACCACUCAAAAUGUGGUCGCAUGUACGUUCAGCCUCGAUGCGGAUUGUUUCACGGAGCAGGAAAGCGAAUUCCGACGCAUGGGAAAACGAGUUUUUGAUGUAUCACACAUGGCCUCGAUUAAGACGUUUACGGUCACUUUGUUGCCCACGGUUGCGAAGUGGAUCCCAGCACCUUUUCUUCUAAAGGAGGUUGAUGAAUGGAUUAGAUCGCUGGUAGCUAACAUCAUCAUCAAACGAUCAGCCACAGUACAUGACGGUUCGUUACAGGAAGACUUGAUGCAGUCGUUCCUUAAAAACCGAGAUAAAAACAAUACCACACAGACGGAAAUUACCGCACAAGCUCUAACUGCUUUUAUUGAGGGCUUUGAAACGUCCAGCGCGGUAUUGGGUUUUGCCCUGCACAGCCUUGCCAAACAUCCAGAGAUGCAGCAAAAGCUUUUGGACGAAGUAAGAAAACAUAUUGACGCUAACGAUGGCAGACUGGACUUUGACGUGAUGCAACAGAUGGAAUACUUGGACUGGGUAAUUCUUGAAACCUUACGGAUGUAUCCACCUGCAACAACGAUGCAUAAAGUUUGCACCAAGAAGUACAUCAUGCGCAAAGGAUUCCGGGAUGAAAACGGGCACGAUAUGAGCAUCUAUGUACACGAGGGUACACCAAUCUUAAUUCCUAUCUUGGCGAUACACAUGGAUCCCAAGUAUUAUCCAGAACCGCAAAAGUUUGAUCCGGAACGAUUCAGCCCGGAACGGAAAGUGGUACAUUCAGGCAUCAUAUAUCUACCGUUUGGUGAAGGGCCUAGGAUGUGUUUGGGUAUGCGGUUUGCCCAAACACAGGUGAAGCUAGCACUGGUUCAGUUAUUAAUAAACUAUCGUGUAACUGUUGGUCCGACCGAUAAACCAUUCGCUAUUGAUCCGCGUUCAUUCGUUUACCAAGCAAAAGAUGGGUUACGAAUUGUGUUUGAAAAGCGAUAAUGUAAGAAGCGUACACUUGUUAAGUUAGUCAUGUUGGUAGUUUAAAAGUUCUAUUGGAAAUAAACGAUUUUAUCAAAAUGUAAAAUUUCUGAACACUAAUUUAUGAUAAUAGUGAUUAUUCUCGAACUUAUUGAUGAUAAUUUCCGAUAUUCUUGGCUUUGGCGUUGACUUGAUAUAAAACCGGUAGCUUUUUUUUAUCAACCGCGUAAUUUUGAAAAUUUCUGAAUAAAUUUAAGUAAUCGACAGUCGGGGAUCCUGGUAAAU